CUUCAUCCUCUCUGUCACACCUCCCGUCUCUGGUUUGUCAGACAGAGGUGAUUCAUUGACCCGGAAGUUAACUUGUUUAAGUUGUAGUCGCGGAUAUUCUCCGUGAUGAGUGGAGAACCGCAUGGGAAUAAGGAGUUCCUUGAACAGCUACGGCUGCAGGAGCUCUACGGAGAGAAGCGUGGGAACGUCGAUGACCCCAACACAUAUGUGGACCCGGAGGAUGGUACUGUGUACGACUGGGACCCUGACAAGAGAGCUUGGUUUCCAAAGAUAACAGAUGACUUUUUGGCAGUGUAUCAGGCAAACUAUGGCUUUACUGAGAACCAGGAGGACAAAGCAGCUGCAUCCUCUGAAGCCCCAGGAGCCAAUACAGAGGAGCCCCAGAAGCCAGAGAAGAGUGAUGACCCAGAGUCCAAUGAGAAAGGGGAAAAGAGGAAGAAGGAGGGAGAUCCAGGCUGGUUUGAUGUGGAAGAAGAUAAGAACACAAAUGUUUAUGUCUCAGGCCUACCCCUAGACAUAACUCCAGAAGAGUUUGUGGAGUUCAUGGGCAAAUGUGGAAUCAUCAUGCGUGACCCCAUCACAGAGGAGUACAAGGUCAAGCUCUACAAGGACAGAGAGGGCAACCAGAAAGGAGAUGGACUUUGUUGCUAUUUGAAGAAAGAGUCGGUAGCCCUGGCUCUGCGCCUGCUGGAUGAGAGUGAGAUGAGAGGUUACCAGCUGCAUGUGGAGGCAGCGCGCUUCGAGCUCAAGGGCACGUACGAUGCCAGCAAGAAGAAGAAGAAGUCAAAAGAGUACCGCAAGAGACUGAAGCAGCAGCAAAAGCAGUUGGACUGGCGGCCUGAGAAAAAAGGGGAGAAUCGUAAGCGCCACGAGCGAGUGGUGAUCAUCCGGAACAUGUUUCAUCCCAGUGACUUUGAGGAAGAUCCUCUUGUUUUGAACGAGUACAGAGAAGACCUCAGAACUGAGUGUGAGAAAUUUGGCGAAGUAAAGAAAGUCAUCAUAUUCGAUAGACACCCCGAUGGAGUGGCUUCAGUGGCAUUUAAAGAGCCCGAGCACGGUGACGCUUGCAUACUGGCAUUAAACGGCCGGUGGUUCGGAGGGAAGCAGCUGUCUGCUGCACUGUGGGAUGGCGCCACUGAUUAUACGGUGGAUGAGACGAAGCGUGAGCGUGAGGAGAGGCUGAAAGGCUGGGAGACUUUCCUGGAUGAUGGCAAGGGGGGCAAGGAGACCUCGACCGCGGCCGCAGCAGGAGCCGCAGCACAGGGAGAAGCCCCGAAAAGCAGCGGAGCAGAUGCAGCUCCACCACCUACAGAACCAGCUCCACCACCUACAGAACCAGCAGCACCCACGAAGGCCUCCAACGGCAAGGGCACGGCUGCAGCCACGGCUCCAACUCCAACUCCUGCUCAGGGCCCGUCGGGGGCAGCGGAGAGACAGGAGGCAGACGAGGAGUCCCAAGACCGGGCCGCCGAGUCAACAGAUAGCAGUGUGGCUGGUAGUGAUGAAGAUGAUGAGGAAGAGGAUGCUUAGAGGGGAGAUGACUCGGUACCCUCAUCUCAUACUAAUCUCCCCCCGCUCUAAACCACAACACUGCCUUGUCUGUCCUGAAUUCUUCCUUUGUCUGGCCGCGCGGCGUCAUCAAAUUAUGAUAUUUCAGCAGGAGCUCUUAGCUCUUCGUUAGGCGAUGAUUGCCCCCUUCGUUUGUGGAACUGUGUGCUGUGCAGCAGUGUUUUAAUUUGUCAUUAAUUCAUUGUCAUGUCUUCAGUUUCCUGUGUUAUUUUGAGAUUUUUUUUUUUUAUAAUUAAAACUCUAAAGUAAUAUCAUUGUUGGGUAUUUUGUUGUGAGAAACCUGCCACUUCUAAGACUAACUACUAUCUCAUGUUUUAAGACUUGAUUUAAAUUCCCAAAGAUGAUUUUGAAUUUUAGCUGAAUCUUAUGUUAGAAAAACAGAUCAAUUUAAUUCUUUUUAAAAAUGUUUAAAGUAGUUGUUAAUUACAUUACAGGUGCACUCCUGUGACACUAUGUUCAUGGAAGCAAUAUUCAUAGAGCUUGUGAAACAUAAAUUGCUCAAACUGGUGAAUUUGAA